CAUUGGCGGCAUUAAGUGCUCAAAAUUUUGGCCAGUCUGCAAUUGAUAGAGCUGCCAGCAUGAGUAAAGUUUCACCCAAUACAUUGCGUUCCCUGCCAGCAGGCCUGCAGAAGGUGGCCAUUGAGGAGCUGAACGAGGUGCCCAGUCGAGUGGAAUCCGAUAUCGCGGCUCUAAGGGAGUGGCUACAGAAGCAACCUCAUCUCUGCUCCUGCGUGGCGGAUCAGUUCCUGCUCAGCUUUCUGCGUGGUUCCAAGUUUAGUCUGGAGAAGGCCAAGCAGAAGAUUGACCGAUUCUACAGCUUACAGGCCGUUAUUCCUGAGAUCUUCAAUGAGCACCGCCUGGCCGAUGAUCCACAAGUGCUGGAAAUUAUUCGCAUGGGGUACGACCAAGGUAUUCUUAAGACCUUUCAAGCUAUUUACAUUUCCCACAGAGUCAUCUUACGGAUUCCCCUGGACAAGGACGACACUGGCCCAGCUGUGACCAUCAUUCGGGCCUGUUCCUAUGACUUGAGUAAAUUCAAGUUCCAGGACAUCAUUCGAGUAGGCUCCAUGUUUGGUGAGAUCAUGAUGCUGGAGGAUGACAAUGCCUCAGUCACUGGCUACCUGGAGAUCAUGGACAUGAGUGGAGUGACGGGAGCGAAUCUGUUUGCUCUUCAACCUCAACUGCUGAGCAAGUUUUCGGCCUAUGCUGACGAGGCUAUGCCCACACGGCAGAGGGGCAUCCAUUUCAUCAAUGCUCCCAAAGCCUUCGAGACGGGCUUCAAAUCGCUGCUGGGUUGGUUUCCAGCAAAGAUCAAGGAGAGGGUCUCUGUUAGCUCCGAUCCGGAGGCCAUCUUUGAGCGCGUUCCCAAGAAAUAUCUGCCCGUGGAGUAUGGAGGCACCAGGGGCACUAUCCUUGAUAUAACCACUGCAAUGGAGGCCAAGUUGGCAAGCUAUCGUAGCUAUUUCGAGGAAUCGCAGCACUUUGGCACCAACGAGAAGUUGCGCGAAGAGCCCACACACCUUGGCCAGGAAGAGAGUCACUUCGGAAUGGAUGGGUCUUUCCGCCAGUUGAUCAUCGACUGAACCUAUUCACAGACCUGUAAUGCCCGCAAAGCUAUA